AUGACUAUAACGUCAGUGUAUGUCAGGCAUCAUCAGCAGUUACGAAGUCUUAUUACCAUGCGUGAAGAGUACACAGAUGGCUUCCUUGGCCACAACAAUUUUCCAUCAGAGUCGCCGUCCAACGGUCGCGCUCCCAUCGCCUCGCUGGACUGCAUGGAGGAGUUCCAGGGCUGCGGCGGCGACCAUGUGUCCACUCGGAGCGACUCCCAGGCGCUCGUGUCCCGCCAGUCCUCCAUUGCCUCCACCCUCAAGUACAAGCCCCUCGGCAAGUCCGGGCUACGGGUCUCCCAGCUUGGACUCGGAACCUGGGUGACCUUCAGCCCCUUGGUGUCCGAGGAGACGGCGGAGGAGAUCGUGACCGUGGCGUAUGAGGCGGGCAUCAACCUGUUCGAUUUGAGUGAGGCCUACAGCGGCGGUCGGGCCGAGAUCCAACUUGGUAACAUCUUGAAAAAGAAAGGCUGGCGGAGGUCCUCGUACCAUGUAAUCACCAAGGUGUACUGGAACUCAAAGUAAGGAUACUUUCUAGAUA